GUCUGAUGACUUCUUGGGGGUAGGGUUCGGCACAGGGAAAUCAAAGAAGGUUUGGCACACUGGGCACAUGCCCUUUGCGUAAAAGAGCCGAAUGACCUUUUGUGUGCAACCCAUUCUCUCUCUUUUUCCAGCUUACUGUUACUACUGCUUUAUCUCACUCUCUCUCUCUCUCUCUCUUUCUCUUUUUUAUCUAUUUUUUGAAUGCAACAGAAUCGACCUACAAACGGACAUCAUCCGCAUCGUCCAGCAGCAGAGCAGGAAGUGGUGUCGGAUCCAAUCAUGCUGCUUGCAGCUGCUGCAGCUGCCAUUGAUGGUCGGACCGAGGAGAGCACAUCUGCACUCUACUCGCUUGAACGACAGCAGCAGCAGCAGCAGCAGCAAGAGAAAAGAAGAAGCAGCACAGGCUAUUACUCGCAGCAUUAUACCUCCUCAUCGUCUGGUGGUGCCGCCGCCGCCGCCGCCGCCGCCGAAAGACCGGCUGAACAACACUACCAGAAAGCUUCAACAAAAUCACGUGGAUACUACUACCACUACUACAGCAAUAGCAAUGAAAAAGACGACAAUGGAGAUUCUGUUAGCAGAUCAGCGAGACACCAUCAUCAUCAUCAUCCUUAUCCGUCGUCGUCAUCAUCAACACCACCACCAGCAGCAUUGAACAGUACUAGUGCUGGACGUAAUGGUAGUAAUCGUUAUCACACUAGCAGCAACCAUAAUGAUUCGGUAAUGUCUUUAUUA